AUCUCCCGCCUCUCUCACAUCAGCGACUGUUAUUCCUCCAUUUCUACUUAAAACCCUCACUUUCUCCAACCACAGCAGUUCCGUACGACCGCCAUUACUGAGUUCAGCAAGACGACCAUAUCAAAGAUUCCUCAAUCUCUUCAUCGGUCAUCCCACCUGUUUUGAUACUUUUUCGAAAGUAUUCAUCUCGACUCGAUUUCUUAAAUUGGGGUUUUAGGGUUUUGAAAGAUCAACCUUUGAAAUAAUUUCUGUUCCCAAUAUGUAUAUUUAUUUAGGAUGAUUGUAAACCCUAAAUUCCCUAAUCCAUCUCAGUAACACAACGUGUUCAUUUUCUUGCAGAAAAAUCUUAGAUAAUGGAGGAAGAGGGAAAGGAUACAAGCCCUAAAUGCCCUUAUACUAUAACAGUAAGAAGAAACCCCCCUAGAAAAGCAAAGAAAACCCCUUCCACCAACGCUCCCCCAUCCAGUAAAUCCACUUAUUUCAAACCCAAAGAUAUUCGGCCAUACCCGAUCGACGAUAUCCUCAAGUGUGAUGUCUCUCAAGCCCCAACUCCAGUGCCUAUAGCACCACCAGAGAAUCUGGAAAGUAUAAGAGUCUUUCUUAGAGUAAGACCUAUUGAUAUACGUAAAGUUUCUACCAAAAAUAGUGAUGUAGCAGCAAAAGGGGCUCGAUCCAAGCUAAAAAGUGUUUCACCAAAGCGGGAUUUGAAGAAGACAGCUAAAAGAAAAGAAGUCUGCUUGUGUGUUACUGAUUCCCAAUCGGUUACUCUUGCACCACCGGCGGGCAUGCAGGAUACAAGGCGUGUUAAAACUGAAGUGUACGAUGGUUUUAACCAUGUGUUUAAUUCUGAUUCCCUGCAGAAAGACGUAUAUGAGAAAGUGAUGGACCCUCUAGUAUGUGAUUUCAUUGCUGGGAAGAGUGGUAUGAUUGCUGCAAUGGGACCUACCGGCUCGGGAAAGACACAUACAGUGUUUGGUUCUGCGAGGGAGCCUGGUAUUCUGCCACUUGCGCUUCGAAAGAUAUUCAAUUCCUCUGGGAACAAUUGUUCUUCUGAGCUGGCAAGGUCAUACUAUAUAUCAAUUUUUGAAAUAUAUUCUGAACGGGGGAAGGGAGAGAAGAUUGUUGAUUUGUCAUCAGAUGGAACUGAUUUGUCUUCGCAACAGUCAACUAUUAAAUGUCAACAGGUUUUGGUUACCAAUGUUGCUGAGGCAGAAUCUUUGAUAGCACGGGGGAUGUUGAAAAGGACUACUGCAAUGACAAAUUCAAACACUCAAUCGAGUCGGUCACAAUGCAUCAUCAACAUUAUUGCCACUCAGAAAACUUUUGAUGGGAAAGCUGAAAUUGUACUGAAUGGUCCUGUACUGAGUAUUGUAGACCUUGCUGGUGCUGAAAGAUCUCAAAAAACAGGGAAUCAGGGAACCAGGUUGCUGGAAAGCAACUUCAUUAACAACACAUCGAUGGUGUUUGCUCAGUGCUUAAGAUCAUUGCUGGAGCACCAAAAGAACCCCAAGAAGCAAUUGCAGAAGCACUUCCAAAACUCCCUGCUGACCAAGUAUUUAAGAGAUUAUCUGGAAGGAAAGAAGCGGAUGACUCUGAUUUUAACUGUCAAGCCAGGGGAAGAUGACUAUGUCGAUACAUCGCAUCUGCUUAGACAAGCGUCCCCUUACAUGAAAAUAAAGUUUUCUACUGUAGAAGAACCAUCCACUUUAGCAUAUCCCAAGAGGGCUGUUGAGAAGUUGCCUAGAAUAGAGCAACCUAAAAGGAGGAAAUUGCGUGAGCCGGAUGCUUCUGAAAUAGACGAGGCUAAGAUUGUGAACAGUGAGCAUCCAGUCUUGAAAAAAGAAAGGAUUUUGAAGCAGCUUCAGCAACAUGAGCUUCCGAAUGUCAAAAAAGAUUUGCAUAAGAUUUCACAUUCUGAGAAAGCAUGCUGCACUGAGUUAGCAGGGACUAAAAGAAGGGAACAAAUUUUGCUGAAUUUCUCAAAGGCUCUGUGGAGCGUUCUAAAGCAACAUAAGCAAAAACUUGAGCACUCUGAAGUUGAGAACCAAUCUUUAAAAGAAAACCUUAAUAUGGAAAGAGCUCGGUAUCUAGAACUCGAAAAAGAUUUGGGACUUCUGAAAUUGAAUGAUUCUCACUGCACCCAACUGGUUGUUGAAGAUUCUGCUUUAGGCUCUGGGGCUGCUGAAAUUUAUCAAGAGAAAUGUACCAUAUAUAAAGUACAAAAUCUGGAGGUAGAAGUUUUUGAUCAGUGCUCGCCAGUUAAAGACCUCAAAGUGGAGGACCAUCAGGUUGUCGAAGAUUCUCCUUUAGGCUCUUUAGCUGCUGAGAUUGAUGACGAGAAAAGUACCAUAUUUAAAGUACAAAAUCUGGAGGUAGAAGUUUCUGAUGAGCGCUCACCAGUUAAAGACCUCAAACUGGAGGACCAUCAGGUAGAAGUUUCUGAUGAGUGCUCGCCAGUGAAAGACCUCAAACUGGAGGACCAUCAGGUAGAAGUUUCUGUUGAGUGCUCGCCAGUUAACGACCUCAAACUGGAGGACCAUCAGGAUAUUGAAGAUUCUCCUUUAGGCUCUGGGGCUGCUGAGAUUGAUCAAGAGAAAUGUACCAUACGUAAAGUACAAAAUCUGGAGGUAGAAGUUUCUGAUGAGCGCUCGCCAGUUAAAGACCUCAAAUUGGAGGACCAUCAGGUCAAUAGUGCUCCGACUCAGUCCAUGAAUCAGGAGUUUAAAGCCUUUGUUGGGAAAGAAAAUGCUGGAAACAAUAUAGAAAAUCUGAAACAUGUAGAUAUCAAAGAUAAAUCCCCAAAUCAAGAUAUAGCAGGUUUAGGCCUUUCAGUUUUGCUUGCCCGCUCACCACAUUCGAAUGUUUUGUCUGUUACGGCACUUAAUGAAGAGGCAGUAUCAGAGACGCUUGCACACAAUAUCACGGAAAGUGAACAAGAGUGUUGUUCUCCUCUCAAAUCUGUCAAUGUGCAAAAACCUAGAAGGAAAUUGCUUCCUGCAUCUUCUUUAUUGCUGAAAGAGCUAAAUACAUUGGACUUGGAGGUGGAAAAUGAAGAACCAAAGGGAGGUAGAGGUGGUAAGAAGUUCACAGAGGAAAGAAUCAUGUCCAAGGGCGGUGUUUCUCUCCUUCGGUUAUUGAAGAGCAAUGUACGGUCAUGAUAAUUCACUGUUUGUGGGUGUGGACUUGGCAAAGCGACAGUAUCCUUGUUGUUUUGGUGGGGGGAUACUUUUGCUGACUGAUUAAAUAGAUGAAUUCGGUUGUUGCUCAACGGGAUGUGGUUGUAUAUAUUAAUGUUAAAACUGCCUUAAUGAGUACAGGUAUAUACUACUGAGGCAAAGGAGGAUGGUAGUAUAAAAAUCCCCAAAUUCUUUUUGUGCAACUGGUAAAAGAAGUGUACUCCUUGCAUUAAUGUGCAUCUUUUCUCUCUUCA